AUGAACUGAUUUCGAUGCUUCGCUCUCAAUGUCGUUCGAAAGGAUAUGGAGGGUUUAAAGGACUUGGGCUCAUCUUUCGACGCUUGGAUAGAGACUUUUCCAAGAAGAUAACAUUUCCAGAGCUUUAUCAUGGAGUCCGAUCUUACGGCUUAAACAUUUCAAACUCGGACUUCAGGCUGUUGUUUGACGCAUUAGAUAAGGACGGAAGUGGAGAAAUUGACUUUCGGGAGUUUAUGCAAGAACUGAGAGGUCCGCUGGCAGACUGUAGAAAGUCUGUCAUAAGAGAGGCCUUCGAUAAAAUUGAUGUGAAUGGCGAUGGUGUUAUCAGCAUUGAGGACCUGAAAGUUAUCUACUCUGACAAAGCGCAAGAACAUCCACGCUACAAAUCGGGAGAAUGGACCUUAGACGAAACCCUCCGUUAUUUUCUCGACGCACUGGACACUCCUGGCUGUCCCGACGGCAAAGUCACUUGGGACGAGUUCCUCAUCUUUUAUUCUGGCGUUAGUGCUACAGUGGAUGAUGACUGUUAUUUUGAUUUGCUAAUGAGAGCUUGUUAUGAUUUACCCAGAGGAUGGCCACGUGGAACUGUCUGGUAAUAUGAAG